AUGAAAAAAGUACACAGUAGCGAUGUGGUAGAAGUGAAGUCGUUCAAGUGUUGUGAUAUAGAUACAGUCGGACCAAAACGACAUGAAGCACGGUGCAUUUGCGUCAGCGCUCGCAACAGCGCAGUGAAGGCAGCAGUUGAAACCAAGUUGGGACCGUCGCAAGCUAAAGCGAUAGGUGGUGCCAGCAAGGGUUUCACCACGCUCCUAGCCGCACCGCUCCACCGAAGCUCCUCGAUAGAAGCCGCGUACGCAAUUGCGUACGUGCUUCAUGUCGUUUUGAUACACUGGAACAUGCAAUUUCGUAUGGUAGGAGGGCAGUUUCCACCCGUCGCCAGCGCUGUCAUACUCGAAACGCUUACCGACUGCACUCGUAUGAUUGGACAAAAGAGAGGAGAGUAA